AUGCAGCACCCAUACACGGAGGUCGGGAAGCGUCCACCCGACUGGGUCUCUGAUCUAGGCGUUCCGGUUAGCAGGAGCCAGGAUGGUACUCGCAGCGCUGAGCUAGUCCGGAUUGCUGGACCUCAGUAUGUGCCCUCGAACACUUCCGCGCAAGGCUAUCCGAGCCGGAGUGGCAGUCCAAGCAUCAGAUCUUCCUCCUCUAACGUAGAUGCCAAUGUUGGGACCACAUCCUCGACGGCGUCAUCCUUUCACCUACCUCGACUUUCUGGAGGCUUCGAGUCUCGACUUGCAUUGGACUUUGAGCCUCUGGAAGACUCUGUUGUUGUGCGGCACUAG